AACCUAACUAAAAAUAAUACAAAACUCAACAACUGAGUGCGUUUUGACGGUGACUCUUCCGCCGUCUACAACAACCGCAACUCCUCCACAACCCCACCGCAAACCACCAAUGGCUGUUUCAGCUUUCACACCCACCAUCUUCUCAACCCCAUCUCAAUCUUUCACAAUACCCACAACUCCACACCUCUCAAACUUCACAAAACCAAAAAAAAUCAAAUCUUUAUCCCCAAUCACCGCCCUUUCAGACCCAUUUGUUCUCCAAAUUGCAGAAUCUUUAGAAGACUCUCUCCCCUCUUCAUCAUCAUCAUCACAACAUCUUCAAAAGCUUAGAGAUUUUGCUUCAGAAGCCCUUCUUUCCACCCCAUGGCCUUCAAGAAAGGACGAACCUUUUAGGUUUACAGACAUAUCUUUCAUCAAGAAAUCAGAGAUUACACCUGUUUCACCCCCUCCACCACAAUCUUUGACCAAUUUGAGUGUUUUUGGAGAUACCCUUUUGGUUAAUUUGACUAUAGUUGAUGGGUACAUUGUUGAUUCUUUAUCCCAAUUAUCAGGGUUGCCAGAUGGGGUUUAUGUUGGGAGCUUGUGUAAGAUUAGUUCAAGUGAAAUUACAAAAAGGGUAGUUGAGUUUUUGCCUGUUAAUGAACAAGGUGACUUGUUUUGGUCACUUAAUGGUGUUGGGUCACCUGAUUUGGUGGUGGUUUAUGUGCCAGAAGGGUGUAGGUUUGAGGGUCCAUUGCAUUUGAGGUAUGUUGCUAGUGAAGGGAGUGAUAAAGAUUCGAGAAAGUUGCCGGUUUCGAAUCCGAGGGUGUUAGUGGUGGUGGAGAAAGGCGGGGAGAUUGGGAUAGUUGAAGAGUUUAUGGGUGGUGAUGGUGGUUUGAGUUAUUGGACUAAUUCGGUUAUGGAAGUGGUGAUUGGUGAAGAAGCUAAAGUUAGCCACUCGUAUAUUCAGACUCAGUCGUUGAGCUCGGCUCAUAUUAAAUGGACCUCCGUUCGGCAGGAAAAGUCAAGUAGUUAUGAUUUAGUAGAAGUAAGCACGGGUGGCAAGUUAAGUAGACACAAUGUUCACGUGCAACAAGUUGGGUCGGACACAAUCACGGGAUUAUCGACAUUUCAUUUGUCUGGUUGUGAUCAAACGCAAGAUCUACAUAGUAAAAUAGUGUUGGAUCAUCCACGAGGGUUUUCUAGGCAACUUCACAAGUGCAUUGUGGCUCAUUCACUCGGUCAAGCUGUUUUUGAUGGCAACAUUAAGGUCAACAGAUACGCACAACAGACGGAUGCAGGGCAACUAACACGGAGCCUAAUUCUCGAGCCACGUGCAACAGUUAAUGUGAAACCGAAUUUGCAGAUAAUUGCGGAUGACGUAAAGUGUUCUCAUGGAGCUGCGAUCUGUGAUUUGGAAGAGGACCAGUUGUUUUAUCUUCAGGCAAGAGGUAUUGAUUUGAAAACGGCUCGAAAAGCUCUAAUCGUCUCGUUUGGGGCCGAGGUUAUUGAGCGGUUUCCGUCCAGUGAUCUCAGAAAGAAGGUGGAACUUUAUGUAAAGAAGUUGCUUGAUCCUGAAGUAGAAAUGGAUAUGUAACCAAAAAAGUGGGAUUUGAUUAUAUUAUGGAAUUUGAAGUGUUUAAAUGGCUGAAACCAGAUUCAGCAUACAAUUUUUGUAUGGGAUAAUUGUGUAAACAUAACUUACACUUGUUUUGUUUUCCAGAAAAUAAUAAUAUGAUUGUAAAAUUCAAUCAUACUUUCAAA